UAAUCUGAAUCUUCAAUUUCCUCUCGAUUUGGUUGAGGUGAAGGGCGAAUCUGCUCAGCUUCCCGAAUCCAUGGUGGGUCUGUCGUCUUUGAGCAUAGUGUCUGAGAUCUCCUCCACUGUGGCUCCUAUCAUUUCUUCUCCUCCGAAUGUGAGCUCAGUGUCUGAGAUCUCCUCCACUGUGGCUCAUAUCAAUUCUCCUCCUCCGGUUGUUCACAGUCCCUCAAGCGGCCAUCCUUCGUCGGCUGUGAAUGUUCCUCUUUCGAUUGAGCUGCCUUGGGCAACAAAAUUCAAGGCCUCUCUUCGAAACUUAAAGCAGAUGAAUCCUCCUUCCUUCCUUGAAGAUGGUACGCCAGUGGUGGUGGCUCCUUCUUCGGUCUUAUUGAAAACUGCAGAGAUGUGGAAAGGCCAUAUUGUUGCUCAGUUCCACGGCUUAUGUCCUCCUCCAGGAAAGAUUUUCACCGAUUUGAAUCCGAUUUGGGGUAAGUUUGGUAACAUCACGGUCCGUAUAUUCUCGGAGACUGCUGCUCUCAUAUUCAUACCGUCGCCAAAUACCAGACAGUGGGUCGUGGACAUCGGGUUCUGGCAAGCUGGUAAUUGCUCUUGCACUUGCUAUCACUGGUCUCCGGAUGGUCUGCUUGAGGUUCAGGAGCUGCAGACUGCACCAACUUGGGCUAUUUUAAGAAAUGUCCCUCCUCAGCUUUAUUCUCUGGAAGGAAUAAGUGUGAUUGCAAGUGGUAUAGGAGAGCCAUUGCACACAGAGAAGUCUAGGUUGGAUCCGGUAAACAUUGGUUUCACGAAGGUGAAGGUGGUUAUAAAUUUGGAGUCAACAUUACCAUCCACAGUGGUUGUUCGUGAUGUGCAGGGUAAUUCAGUAAAGGUUGAAGUAGAGUAUCCGCGUCCUCCUCCGAAGUGUUUAAACUGUGGGAGGUAUGGACAUCUUCUUAGUCGGUGCCCUAAACCACUAUUGAGAAAGCUCCCUUAUAAGAAAGAUAAGCCUUCAGGGUCUAAGGAGGUUAAUCUCUCCUCCACUUCUGUUAUCCCUUCUAUUGGGACUGAUUGCACCUCGAAAGAUUUAGAGAAAUCUAAAGGAGAAGCCACAUCCUCAAGAACUAGAAGGAGGCGCUCUCGGUCCAAGAAGCGUUCAACUAGUAUGCCGCCAAAGAUGGUUGAUAUAUCGGCGGGUUCUAAGGAGAGAUGUAGAAUGGGGACUGCCAUUGGGGAAAAGUUGAAGUGGGUAGCAAAGUCGGAUAUAAGGCCUGCGUCUUCUAUCCCUUCCAGUAGUAAUCUUGGUUCUAUUGAUAAGCGGCAGUCUGUUAUUCAGAAUCAGAUCCCUGUUGAGGGAGUGGAGAUACAGGUAGGGAGUGACUCGCUUCUGGUCCAGGAUUUUCCCUACCCUCCUGAUUGGGAUAGCCAGUCAAAUAAGUCAAAGAAAAAACAACUAAAAAUCUGGCACAACCAGAUGCGAUCUGCACGUCAAUUAGCUCAAGCUGCGGUUCGGGAUGAAGUCCCGCACGAACCCCGAUCUCGUCAACGGGUAGUUAGAAGCUGGAUUGCUUCAAAUAAUCUUCUAGUCGGUUGUUUUUUGGAAACGCAUGUAGCUCAGGUUAAUGCCAGUGCUGUUUUGGCUGCAACUCUUCCGGGUUGGAGGAUGGAUAAUAAUUAUUGCAGCUCUGAACUGGGAAGGAUCUGGGUGGUGUGGGAUCCGUCGGUUUCAGUUUUGGUGUUCAGGAGGACUGAUCAGUUGAUGAUGUGCUCUAUCAAGAUUCCUAAUAUUUUGCAGUCCUUCGCUGUCACUUUUGUUUAUGGGAGAAAUACUGAGCUUGAGAGAAGGAGUUUAUGGGAAGACAUCUCUAACCUGGCUGCCUCUUCUCCUCUGUGUGACACUGCUUGGAUUUUAGCAGGUGAUUUCAAUCAAAUUGCUUCUCUUAGCGAACAUUACUCAGUCAUUCAAUCUAAUGUGUCUCUUAGGGGUUUAGAAGACUUCCAAUCGUGCUUGAGUGAUAAUGAUCUGAUGGAUAUUCCUUCUCGUGGUAUUUUCUACACUUGGUCCAAUCAUCAACAGGACAAUCCUAUCAUCAGGAAGUUGGACAGAGUUAUAGCUAAUGGUGAAUGGUUUUCUUCUUUUCCUAGUGCAACUGCAGUCUUUGAUCCUCCUGGUGAUUCCGAUCAUGCGCCUUGUAUAGUGAGAAUGGUCAACCAACCUGCUGCCUCAAAAAAGUGUUUUAAAUACUUCUCCUUCCUUGCUUCCCAUCCAGAGUUUCUCAACUAUAUUGCCACUGCCUGGGCGGAUGAGAUACUGGUUGGUUCCUCAAUGUUCUCUCUGGGAGAGCACCUAAAAGCUGCAAAGAAGGCUUGUAGGAAUCUGAAUAGGCUUGGUUUUGGUAACCUGCAGCAAAGAACAAAUGAGGCUUUGGUCGCGUUGGAAAAUAUCCAGACUCAAUUGCUUUCCUCUCCUUCUCCUUCUUUAUUCAGGGAAGAGCAUGUCGCUAGGAAGAAGUGGGAUUUCUUUGCUGUGGCUCUUGAGUCAUUUUACCGGCAGAAAUCAAGAAUUAAGUGGCUUAAGGAUGGGGAUGCAAAUACUCGGUUCUUUCAUAGAGUGGUUUUGGCUCAUCAGGCUAGGAACCUGAUCAAGUUUCUCAGAAGGGAAGACGGUGAGAGAGUUGAAAAUGUGGACCAGUUAAAACAAAUGAUUGUGGCUUACUACUCUCACCUCUUAGGGACUGAAAGUAGUAUUACUUCUCCUUUCUCGGUUGAAAGAAUUCGGGCAAUCCACCCGUUUAGAUCUGAUCGUCCGCCGGUUUUCACGAUGCCGUCUCCCUCCUCCGCCGUCGUCGUGUUUCUUCUUCUCGUUUCCCUUCUCUCUCCUACGUUCGCAUCCGAUUCAGAUCACAAGUAUCAAGCCGAUGAGCAGGUUACCCUGUGGGUGAACAAAGUUGGCCCAUAUAACAAUCCACAAGAAACAUACAACUAUUACAGUCUUCCAUUUUGCCGCCCGUCUGGAAACAAUGUUCACAAAUGGGGUGGUCUUGGUGAAGUACUUGGUGGAAAUGAGCUGAUUGACAGUGAGAUUGCGAUAAAGUUCUUGAAGAAUGUCGAUAGAAAUGUCAUCUGUCCGCUUGAACUCGAUGAAGCUAAGGUCAAGCAUUUCAAAGAUGCAAUUGAAUCUAGCUACUGGUUUGAAUUUUUUAUGGAUGAUCUACCUUUGUGGGGCUUUGUGGGUGAGCUGCAUCCAGACAAAAAUAGUGAAAACGGCAAGCAUGUCCUCUACACACAUAAGAACAUUGUUGUCAAAUACAACAAAGACCAGAUCAUUCAUGUUAAUCUCACUCAAGACAACCCAAGGCCAUUGGAAGCAGGGAAAAAAAUGGACCUGACGUAUUCUGUGCAAUGGAUUCCAACAAAUGUCACAUUUGCUCGCCGCUUUGACGUCUAUCUGGAUUAUCCGUUCUUUGAACACCAGAUCCACUGGUUCUCCAUCUUUAACUCGUUCAUGAUGGUUAUUUUCCUCACUGGUUUGGUCUCAAUGAUAUUGAUGAGGACUCUCAGAAAUGAUUAUGCAAAGUAUGCUCGAGAAGAUGAUGAUCUUGAGAGCUUGGAACGGGAUGUAAGUGAAGAAUCUGGUUGGAAACUUGUACAUGGAGAUGUGUUCAGGCCAGCAAGUAGUCUAGUUCUACUCUCAGCUGUAGUUGGCACAGGUGCACAGUUGGCGUUACUGGUUCUUCUUGUCAUAUUAAUGGCCAUCGUGGGAACUCUCUAUGUUGGGAGAGGAGCAAUCGUCACAACUUUCAUAGUUUGCUAUGCUCUGACUUCCUUUGUCUCUGGUUACGUGAGCGGUGGAAUGUACUCAAGAAGCGGGGGUAAACAUUGGAUCAAGUGCAUGGUCCUCACGGCUUCUCUCUUUCCCUUUUUGUGCUUCGGAAUUGGCUUUCUCCUAAACACAAUUGCCAUAUUCUAUGGAUCUCUUGCGGCUAUUCCUUUUGGGACAAUGGUGGUUGUGUUUGUAAUUUGGGGGUUCAUUUCCUUCCCCUUAGCCCUCCUCGGAACAGUUGUUGGAAGAAACUGGAGCGGUGCUCCUAACAAUCCAUGCCGUCAUCUUCAUUGAGAUGUACUUUGUCUUCACAUCCUUCUGGAAUUACAAGGUCUACUAUGUGUAUGGAUUCAUGUUACUAGUUUUUGUGAUUCUCGUCAUAGUGACGGUGUGUGUGACAAUCGUGGGUACAUACUUCCUGCUGAAUGCAGAGAACUAUCACUGGCAAUGGACUUCAUUUUUCUCUGCUGCUUCGACGGCUGUGUAUGUCUACUUAUACUCCAUCUAUUACUACUACGUAAAGACCAAGAUGUCCGGAUUCUUCCAGACAAGCUUCUACUUUGGAUACACCAUGAUGUUCUGUCUUGGCCUUGGAAUCCUUUGCGGAGCUGUUGGAUACUUGGGAUCAAAUCUGUUUGUAAGGAGGAUCUACAGAAACAUCAAGUG